GCAAUGGCUGAAGAUGGCAGUGAGGAGAUCAUGUUUAUCUGGUGUGAAGACUGCAGCCAGUACCAUGACUCAGAGUGUCCUGAACUGGGACCUGUGGUCAUGGUCAAAGACUCCUUUGUGCUGAGCAGGGCAAGGUCCUCCCUCCCCUCUAACCUGGAGAUCAGGCGCCUGGAUGAUGGGGCUGAAGGUGUGUUUGCAGUGACCCAGCUAGUCAAGCGCACACAAUUUGGUCCGUUUGAGUCCAGGAGGGUUGCCAAGUGGGAGAAAGAAUCUGCAUUUCCUCUGAAGGUAUUUCAGAAGGACGGGCAUCCUGUAUGCUUCGACACUUCCAAUGAGGAUGACUGCAACUGGAUGAUGCUAGUGCGACCAGCACUGGAGCCUGGGCACCAGAACCUGACAGCCUACCAGCAUGGCAGUGACGUGUAUUUCACCACCUCAAAGGACAUUCCUGCAGGCACUGAACUGCGUGUGUGGUAUGCUGCCUUUUAUGCCAAGAAGAUGGACAAGCCCAUGCUAAAACAGGCCUGCUCCAGUGUUCAGGCUGCAGGCACCCCUGAGCCCAGUGUCCCUGUGGAGCCUGAGCGUGGCCAGUGGGUGUGUAAGGUGUGCUCCAACACCUUCCUGGAGCUUCAGCUCCUGAACGAACAUCUCUUGGUCCACCUGGAGCAAGCCAAAAGCCUGCCUGCAGGUGGUCAGCAGCAUGAGGCCGCUUCUGAGAAGGAGCCUGAUGCACCCAGGAUGGAACCUCCCACAGCAGCGGAGAGCAAGGGCAUCCAGAGUGUCGUGGUCACCAAAGAGCCAAAGAAAAAGCCUCGAAGGGGGAGGAAACCCAAAGCAUCCAAGGUUGAGCAACCUCUGGUCAUUAUCAAAGACAAGGAGCCUGCAGAGCAUGUGGCAGAGAUCAUAACCGAGAUCCCCCCAGAUGAGCCUGUGAGUGCAACACCAGAUGAACGGAUAAUGGAGUUAGUCUUGGGGAAGCUGGCCACCCCCACAAAUGAAGCCAGCUCAGUGCCAAAGUUCACGCAUCAUCCAAGCAGCACCAUUGCCCUCAAGAGGGGCUUGGUCCUGUCCAGCAGACAUGGUGUCCGGCGGAAGCUUGUUCGUCAGCUGGGUGAGCAUAAACGCAUCCAUCAGUGCGGCACCUGCAGCAAGGUCUUCCAGAACAGCAGCAACUUGAGCCGGCACGUGCGCUCGCACGGUGACAAGCUGUUUAAAUGUGAAGAAUGUUCAAAAUUGUUCAGCCGUAAGGAAAGUCUAAAGCAACAUGUUUCCUACAAGCACAGCCGGAAUGAGGUGGACGGUGAGUACCGCUACCGCUGUGGCAGCUGUGGGAAGACAUUCCGAAUGGAGAGUGCACUGGAGUUCCACAACUGUAGGACAGAUGACAAGACGUUCCAAUGUGAGAUGUGUUUCAGAUUCUUCUCCACCAACAGCAAUCUCUCUAAGCACAAGAAGAAACAUGGGGACAAGAAGUUUGCCUGUGAGGUCUGCAGUAAGAUGUUCUACCGCAAGGAUGUUAUGCUGGACCACCAGAGGCGGCACUUGGACGGUGUGCGGCGGGUAAAGAGAGAAGACUUGGAGGCCAGCGGGGAAAGCCUGGUUCGUUACAAAAAGGAACCUUCUGGAUGCCCAGUGUGUGGCAAGGUGUUCUCUUGCCGGAGCAACAUGAACAAGCACCUGCUGACCCACGGUGACAAGAAGUACACCUGCGAGAUCUGUGGGCGCAAGUUCUUCCGAGUGGACGUACUCAGGGACCACAUCCAUGUCCACUUCAAGGACAUCGCGCUAAUGGAUGACCACCAGCGGGAGGAGUUCAUUGGCAAGAUUGGGAUCUCCUCAGAGGAGAAUGAUGACAACUCUGACGAGAGCGCAGACUCUGAGCCACAUAAGUAUAGCUGCAAGAGGUGCCAGCUCACUUUUGGCCGUGGAAAGGAAUACCUGAAGCACAUCAUGGAGGUACACAAGGAGAAGGGCCACGGCUGCAGCAUUUGCCACCGACGCUUUGCACUCAAGGCUACCUACCAUGCCCACAUGGUCAUCCACCGAGAGAACCUGCCUGACCCCAACGUGCAGAAGUACAUUCAUCCCUGUGAGAUCUGUGGACGGAUAUUCAACAGCAUCGGGAACUUGGAGCGCCACAAACUCAUCCACACAGGUGUGAAAAGCCAUGCCUGUGAGCAGUGUGGAAAGUCCUUUGCCAGGAAGGACAUGCUCAAAGAGCACAUGCGUGUGCAUGACAACAUCCGAGAGUACCUGUGUGCCGAGUGCGGGAAAGGGAUGAAGACCAAGCAUGCACUACGCCACCACAUGAAGCUGCACAAAGGCAUCAAGGAAUAUGAGUGCAAGGAAUGUCACCGCAAGUUUGCACAGAAGGUCAACAUGCUCAAGCACUACAAACGGCACACAGGAAUUAAAGACUUCAUGUGUGAAUUAUGUGGGAAGACAUUCAGUGAGAGGAACACAAUGGAGACACACAAGCUCAUCCACACAGUAGGCAAGCAGUGGACUUGUUCCGUGUGUGACAAGAAGUACGUCACGGAGUACAUGCUUCAGAAACACGUCCAGCUCACCCAUGACAAGGUGGAAGCACAGAGCUGCCAGCUGUGUGGCACCAAAGUAUCCACUCGGGCCUCCAUGAGCAGACACAUGCGGCGCAAGCAUCCCGAGGUCCUCGCUGUUCGGAUUGAUGAUCUAGACCACCUCCCUGAGACCACCACCAUCGAUGCAUCUUCCAUUGGCAUUGUCCAGCCUGCGCUGGGCCUGGAGCAGGAGGAACUGGCGGAAGGUAAGCAUGGAAAGGCUGCCAAACGCAGCCACAAGAGAAAGCAGAAGCCAGAGGAGGAGGCAGGGGCUCCAGUGCCCGAGGACACCACCUUCAGCGAAUACCCGGAAAAGGAGCCAGAGUUCACAGGCAGUGUGGGUGAUGAGACAAACUCUGCUGUACAGAGUAUCCAACAGGUGGUGGUGACCCUAGGGGACCCCAAUGUGACUGCUCCAUCAAGCUCGGUUGGCCUAACCAACAUCACCGUGACCCCCAUCACCACUGCAGCUGGGACUCAGUUUACCAAUUUACAGCCAGUGGCUGUUGGACAUCUUACCAACCCUGAACGCCAGCUACAGCUAGAUAACUCCAUCCUGACUGUGACCUUCGACACUGUCAGUGGUUCAGCCAUGUUGCACAACCGGCAAAACGAUGUCCAGAUCCACCCACAGCCAGAAGCCACAAACCCUCAGUCAGUGGCCCACUUUAUCAACCUCACCACACUGGUAAACUCCAUCACACCCUUGGGGAACCAACUCAGUGAGCAGCACCCACUCACCUGGCGAGCAGUGCCCCAGACAGAUGUGCUGCAGCCACCACAGGCCCCUGCAGCACCACAGCAGGCGGUACAACCGCAGGUCCAGAGUGAGCAGCAGCAGAUGUACAGCUACUGAUCUGUGGCUGCAGGACAGGCGGAGCUGCAGCAGGGGGCUCUGAGGUCUUGAGGUAUUUGCUGAAUACCAAACAGGAAGAGUGUGCACAUGUCAGGAUCACUGAGAUUAGCAUUACCGAGUUAUCUAUCAGUUUAGCUGGUGACAUGGCCUUUGGCAAGCAGGAGCUUCCACCAUGUGUUUCCCCAAGGUGACGCAGCCUGGCCAGACCACAGUGUCACCCUCAGAGGUCUGUAAUUGUCAUGGGGCUCAGGGACACAGAUAGCAGGAUUCUAGAAGCAGGCGUGAUAUCCCAAGGACCAGGGAGAUUUGAUCUGUUUUCUUUAGCACUCCAAUGACGAUACUGAAAUAUGGCUAGCCUUCUCAGGCAACACAUAGAAGCAAACCCAGGUUUCUCCUUGCUCCUGAAUUCACAAGCAGGGAGAAGUUAAGUAACUCUACUUCUGAAGUCUCAGUUCAUAUGUCACAGAGCUGUAGCCUGAGGCCUUCUGUGAAAAAUAUCAUGAGGCCCCCAGCUCAGGCACAAAAGAUAUCUUGGGAACAUCUAUAGAUUGAUUUUUAUGAACAGUCUGUUUUAUUUCAUAACCACGUUGUGU